AUGCGCGGUAUUGACCUGGUCAAGACGCUGAACAGCACGUCGCCUACAGAGCCUUCCGCCCUCGUCAACAUCCAUGCAGGAGAGCGCUUCAUGGACAUUCACAAUUUUGCCGUCAAGAACAAGCUCACCAUCCUGGGUGGAGCCGACCCUCAUGUUGGCAUCGGUGGCUGGACGUUGGGCGGCGGUCAUGAUCCGCUGACGGCGAAAUAUGGCAUGGGAGCCGACCAAGUCGUCGAGAUGGAUGUCGUUACCGCAGAUGGAGCUCUUCGAACAAUCAAUGAACAUUGCGAGCCGGAGCUGUUCUGGGUGAUGCGAGGUUCGGGAGGUAGCACGUUUGCCGUCCUGAUCUCUGUGACGGUCAAAGCGUAUCCCUCCAUCUCGACCGGCCUGUACACGUUUUCAUACAACACUACAUCUGACUCUGAUACCUUCUGGGCAAUGACAGCGUACUUCCACUCUCAAUUGCCGAGACUGUCGAAGGCUGGCUUGUUUUCAUAUUACUUCGUCUACCCGCUCAUGCCAGGGGUCAAGAAUGAGUCCACACAAGGGAUGGUUGCAGGAGAGUUCCUGGAUCCAGGUCUCACAGCAACAGAGAUGCAGAAGAUUGUUGCUCCAAUGGAAGCAGAGCUGAACGCCGCUGACUGGGGCGACCCGGUGUACAAGGGUGGCCUUGCGGACGAACACCCCGACUUCUCUGCAUUCUGGGCGAAAAACAACGCCCCUCAAGACGCCGGUAUCAGUGGGAAGCUGGGAAGUCGUCUCCUUGACAAGAAGGCGCUCACUUCUGACAUGGCGAAGCUGAAGGCCUCAUUGCGCACGUCUACGCCUGUACCUUGGAGCAUUCUCGGUCAUCUCGUCGCUGGUGCCGGUACGCAUAGUCCGCCGGAUGGCAUACCGGGUAGCAGCAAUGCUGUCGGUCCCGGCUGGCGCAAGGCGUACGCUCAUGUUGUGCUGCCCAGGACAUGGACACCGUUGAACGACACGCAGAAGAUAACAGCAUCAGAUGACCUUCGUAAUGCUCGAGUGGAAGCCCUUCGCCAGCUUGCUCCCGACACUGGCGCAUAUGUCAACGAAGUCGACCCGACUGAACCCGAGUGGCAAGACACGCUGUACGGCGACCAAUACUCCCGGCUGCUCGAGGCGAAGUCGAAGUGGGAUCCGACGGGUGUGUUCUGGUGCCAGCACUGUGUAAGUAGUGAGCUGUGGGAUGCUGAUGAUCCAUAUGGGCUCGAAAACAGGGUCUGA